CCUCACUUCCACUUCCACCAGGAAAGAGCUUCAUUUGGACAAUCACAAUAAAGGCAUCAAUUCUCUGAUGCUAAUGGAGUCAGGGGAAGAUAGAGAAACAGCAACACAUACAGAAGCUCAGGAGGCGCCAGUUGCAUCUUUAUAUCCUGAUUGGACAAGUUCUCUUCCGGCUUAUUAUAGUGCUGCUGCUACACCUCCCUUCUUUCCAUCAACUGUUGCUUCGCAUACUCCCCGUACCUAUAUGUGGGGAGGCCAGCCUCUAAUGUCGCCUUAUGGGACUCCGGUUUCAUAUCCUGCUAUGUAUACUCCUGGUGCAGUCUAUGCUCAUCCCAAUAUCGCAAUGGCUCCAAGUCAAAUGCAGGCAAAUGAAGACUCAGAUGCAAAGGCAUCUGAAGGGAAGAUAAAGUCUUCUGGGAAGAAACCAAUGAAAAUUUCUGGUGACAAGGUGGGAGAUAGAACUAGAGAAGCUUCUGGAUCGGGGCAUUAUGGUACCACCCAAAGUGCUGAAAGUGGAAGCGAUGGCUCUUCUAAUGAUGAGAGCGAUGAGAACAGUAACAAUGAGUUAUCUGCUUCGAAGAAGGGAAGCUUUGAUCAAAUGCUAGCUGAUGGUGCUGCCCAUGCUCAGAGCAGUCCUGUUCUUAAUGUGCCUGCAACAAAUUUGAACAUAGGAAUGAAUUUGUGGAGUUCUUCAGUGGGCCCUGGACCCAACACAAUGCUGCCAAAUGCUUCUGGAGUUUCACAAGGUGUGGUCUUUACUCCUGUGAUGGGGCGUGAAGGAAUGAUGCCAGAGCAGUGGAUUCCAGAUGAACGUGAACUGAAAAGACAAAAGAGGAAACAGUCUAACCGGGAGUCGGCUAGAAGAUCAAGAAUGCGCAAACAGGCGGAAUGUGAGGAGCUACAAAAUACGGUGGCCACACUGAGCAAAGAGAACCUGUCACUUAAGGAGGAGGUGCAAAGGUUUUCUAAGGAAUGUGCGAGGCUUGCUCUUGAGAAUAACUCCUUAAAGGAAGAACUAAUGAAGACUACGCACGGUGUUCCAUAAGUUGUGCCUAAGGUUGGGGUCAUUGGAAGCACGGCGGCGGAUGUGCAGACUAACAACAGCCCCAAAUAACAGAAAAUCAUAUACUCCAGUCCAUAUAUAAACAACAGUCAAAGUAAGGUAAUGUUGUUUACAAUUGGUGGGAGAAACUUGUGGAUUAUAUUAUAGGAACAAAUAGAUUUGCUGAGG